CUAUCUUAUAACCAUCUCUCUUUCCUUGUUUAUCUCUGUCUCAAUUUCAUUUCUCUCCCUCUCUCUGAUCUAUUUCCUUCAUCAUGUAUUUUUCCAGUGAAAAAAGAACCACACUCCUCAAUCUUAUACGCAUUUCAGCAUUUGUUUUAAUCCUUUUUGUCUCCAUAACCCUUCUCAAAAAUACCACAAAAACCGCUCACACCCCAGAUUUACACAUCCAGAAUCAUCUCCAAAUCGCCCAUGCCACAUGCCAGGGCACAUUGUACCGAGACCUCUGCGUCUCCACCCUCUCCUCUCUGCCAGAUCUCAACUCCAAGUCGCUCCCGCAGCUCAUCGCCGCCACUGUGAACCAAACCGUGUACGAAAUCAGAGCUUCCACCAGAAACUGCACCCGCAUUGAAACCAAAAGCCAUCUCGAUAUCCUAGAACAUAGAGCCUUAGAUGACUGUCUGGAGCUUCUCAGCUACACCAUGGAGGACCUGAAGUCGAUUCUCUCCGAACUCUCCAGGAGAAAAGCGGUGUCGCAGAACCACCACGAGUUGCAGACAAUCUUCAGCGCGGCGAUGACGAACCAGUACACGUGUCUUGAUGGGUUUGCUUAUAGUAGAGGGCGUGUUAGGGACAUUAUCAAGAGAGGCAUCUACAACAUUUCUCAUCACGUCAGUAAUUCUCUUGUCAUGCUAAACAAAAUUCCCGGCGACAACAAGACAUCGCCGUCCGAGGUUUUUCCGGGAUACGGUCGGGUGAAAAAUGGGUUUCCCAAAUGGCUGAAACAGAAAGACCGGAAGCUGUUGCAGGCGACCCUGUAUGAGACCAAAUUUGACUUAAUAGUGGCCCAGGACGGUACCGGAGACUUCACCACCAUCAGCGAGGCGGUGGCGGCAGCACCGAACAACAGUGACACAAGGAGCAUACUGGGAGAACGUGGAAGUGGAGAGGAAGAUAAAGAAUCUGAUGUUUGUCGGAGACGGGAUCGGGUAGACAGUAGUGAAGGCGAACUACUUGUUUGUUUGUAUGAUGCAGCGGGAAUAAAGAAUAGUGCUGUAAUUUUUAUUAGCAUGGAAAGGUGUGAACUUAGAAAGGAAGCCGUGGUCGGGAAUGGAUUCAUAGCCAAGGGUAUAACCAUUGAAAACGCGGCUGGACCAAGCAAACACCAAGCAGUUGCAUUAAGGUGCGGUUCAGACCUCUCAGCAUUCUAUAAGUGCAGCUUUGUUGGCUACCAAGACACUCUCUAUGUGCAUUCCCUCAGGCAAUUCUACCGUGAAUGUAACGUAUAUGGGACGGUGGACUUCGUCUUUGGCAAUGCAGCUGCCGUGUUUCAAAAUUGCAGCUUAUAUGCUAGCAAACCAAAUCCUAACCAAAAGAACAUUUUCACUGCUCAAGGGAGAGAAGACCGGAAUCAAAACACGGGGAUAUCAAUUUUGAAUAGCAAGCUGGUUGCUGCUGCUGAUUUGAUCCCGGAAAAGUCUUCGUUUAAAACGUUCCUAGGUCGACCAUGGAAGGAGUACUCUAGGACUGUGAUUCUACAAUCAUACAUUGAUGAUUCAGUGGAUCCUGCUGGAUGGUUGGAGUGGAAUGGUACAUUUGCAUUGAGCACAUUGUAUUAUGGGGAGUAUAUGAACCGAGGACCAGGGUCCAACACGAGUGCAAGAGUAACAUGGCCUGGAUUUAGGGUCAUCAAUAGCUCGGCCGAGGCAAGCCAGUUUGCUGUUGGACCAUUUAUUCAGGGACAAGAGUGGCUGCAUUCUACCAACAUUCCUUAUUUUCUCGAUUUGAUUAGUUGAGGAAAAUGUAGUUAAUUUCUUGAUUUGAAGUUGACCACCUAUUUCAGUGAUUGAUUAAGAUGCUAUUUCAGUAUGAAAUGGCUGUCAUGUACCAAAUAAAUUACUCUGCUUUAU